AUGAACUCCGUGGCGAGCUCACACAUCUACGACAACGACCAGAGCAGCAUCGUGACGGCGUACCACAGCAUCAGGGACUACGUGAAGGAGAGGUAUCCUUCGCUCACGACGCGGAAGUUCCUUGCCGCCAUAGUAUGGUCGAUAGUGGCGGUUGGUAUCUUCAACCUGAUCUUUCUACCGAGAACGUCGCUAGGACGAGACUAUAGACGGUUGCACUUUUCAGCGCUGACGAAGGAUGAGACCGAGCGACUGUUCCUGAAGGCGUUGAACGAGGAGAAUAACGCUGGCGAACAGCUGCGGCAGUACAUGAAGCGCCAGCACUUGAGUGGUGAUGGCGAUGAGUACGUACAGUACACAAUGGAGCAGCUGCGACAGUAUGGGCUGAAGCCCUAUAAGGAGGUUUACUAUACCUGGAUGACAAAGCAUGUUGAGUCCACAGUGAGCGUUUUUGAUGAACAAGGCUCUCUUGUGUAUUCACCUUCCUUGCUGGAGGUUGAUCCCGUCUCAGGGGUAUCAUCACAGGGCUAUCACGCCUACUCGGGUUCAGGAGAUGUAACAGCGCCAUACAUAUUCGUCAAUUAUGGAAGCCUGGAUGAUUAUAGAAAGCUACGUAAUCUUGGAGUUGAUCUCAAGGGGAAAAUCCACAUCAUACGCACAGGUAAGGUGUCUACUGCGCUUCAAGUCGAGCAUGCCGAGUCCAACGGUGCAGUUGGAGUCAUCACAUACAUGGAUCCUAGUGACGAUGGCAAGUUCACCACGAAGAAUGGAUUUGAACAGUACCCGGACGGGCCUGCUCGUAAUACAAGCAGUGUUAAAAGAGACACAGUACUUCGUUAUUCUCAAGCACCUGGUGAUCCAACAACCAUUGGAUUUCCCUCGAACAGAGCAGUAAAGAGAAGAAAACCGCACAAUUUACCAAAGAUACCAUCCAUCCCUAUGAGUGCAGAUAAAAUCACCCCAAUCCUUCAAAGAAUCCCGUCCUCUCAUGAUCUCAACUGGACUGGCGACAUUGAAGGGUUUGAUUAUUCGUGUGGACCAUCCAAUUUCACCAUCAAUCUGGUGAACCACAACGAAGCUGAAGUCGUUCCACUGAAGAACAUCAUGUAUGAAAUCCCUGGACUCCUAAGUGAGAAGGUGAUUCUGGGCAAUCAUAGAGACAGUCUAACCAUGGCUGGUGCAGCAGAUCCUGGCUCAGGUACAGCGAUCUUGCUAGAAAUAUCCAGAGCAUUUGGAUCUUUGAUAAAGCUAGGCUGGAGGCCGUUAAGAACUAUUGUUGUUGCAUCAUGGGAUGGGAGUGCACAUGGAAUGCUGGGCUCUACGGAGUACGCUGAGAGUCAUGAAGUGGAUUUACAGGCACAUGCAAUUGCGUAUAUCAACUUGGAUGCAGGUGUAACAGGACACAAUUUGGAUAUCGUUUCGAACCCACUAUUGGACCAUUUUCUGAUUGGUGCUAGUAAGAACAUUCCAUUUAAUAACUACAGUGAUACCAAAUCUUUAUUUGAUUAUUGGGAAGAAUCUCACUUGGGGAGCGAGAAGAUCAAUAGAUUAGGGUCAGGAUCUGACUUCACGGUUUUCCAGCACCAUUUAGGAAUCCCCAGCUGUAACGUGGGAUUCCACGGUGACCCUAAUGACUCAUUGCCUGUUAACAUUGGAUCAUCAUUUGAUACCUUGGAUUGGAUGGAAAGAUUUGUUGAUCCUAACUAUGAAUAUCAUGGAACCAUGGCAAAGUACCUCGGGUUUCUAGCACUAUCCCUUAGUGAACACGAGGUUAUCGAGUACAAAGUUGAACAUUAUGCUCAUGAAAUAAAAGGCUACUUCAACGACUUGAUUUCCAUCAUCCCCUCGUCAUGGUGGGAUCGUGAUGUCGAAAGAGGCACGUCGAUGUCAUUGGCAAUUGACCAAGUGAAGUACCUCAUCGAACAACUAUUGACCGUAUCAACCAACUUUGAUCGUACUGCCCAGCUCCUCCAAGAACAAAUAUCUGUUGAUUACCCUUGGUUUCAGUUCUACAUCAAGUUAAGACUUGCCAUGAAUUCGAAGAUCAUCGGCAACAAGGCCAAAGAUAUCGACCAGAUGUUUUUAACGAACAAGGGAAUCAAGGGAAGACCUUGGAUGAAACAUCUGGUGUUCGCACCGGAUAGAGAUACCGGCGAUGAUGUAUCGCUGUUACCCUCGCUGCGUGAAUCCCUGGCAGAUGGUGAAUUCGAUGCGUUUAUUGCAUCACUACAGGACAUUGCCAGUGCUUUGAGAAGAGCUACGAAAAGAUUAAGACUUUAA